AUGCAGCUGAUGAAUCGGAGUCUCUCUCGCAAUCAAAAGACUAUCCUUCAAGGCCUGGCUGCCGUCGUUCUUUUAGCUCUUUUCCUGCGAUUCUGGACUGGAAGUAAGGACCACUAUCUCUCCGCCGACUUGGUCAACUACUCCGCGGACCUCUCACAAGAUGAUGACGCUCGUCUGGGAAUAAAUGAAGCUCGUUCAAUUUGUAAACAGCAUGGGUUCUCUUUCUACAAGGAUGAGAACAGAAAGGUCUAUGAUCUGAUCCUCCUUUCCACCGAACUCGACUGGCUCGAGAUAAGACUGCGAACCUUGUCCCCUUUUGUGGACUACUUCAUUGUUGUGGAGGCUCCUACAACCUUCACCAGUAAGCAGAAGCCGUUGUAUCUGCAGGAAAAUUGGGACAACUUCAGGGACUUCCACCACAAGAUCAUCCACCGAAUUGUCCAUGAUCCAGUCCACAGCGAUCGAAUCUGGGAUCAUGAAGAUUGGUUCCGGAAUUCGAUGUUUACCGAAGUCUUCCCUGGACUGGUCGGAACACGAUAUGAAGCGCAACACGGAGAUGUUCUGAUCGUGAGCGAUAUGGAUGAGGUCAUCAGACCUGGUGCCAUGCAGCUUCUAAGAUAUUGUGACAUCCCCGCAAGGCUUACCCUUCGGACCGAGUUCUACUACUACUCUUUCCAGUGGAAGCAUAGAGGACCYCAAUGGACGCAUCCAGAUGUUACGACAUACCAAGGUCCCGAUACUCUCCUACCAAAUGAUCUACGACAGGGAUUGAUGGAUGGCGGCUGGGCUCCUAUCGCCUCUUUUCGAAGAUGGCGUAGUAGAGCUACCCUUUGGAAUGCUGGGUGGCAUUGCUCUAGCUGCUUCGCAACUGUGGCUGAGAUGCGGACCAAWAUGGCGAGCUUCUCCCAUGCAGGCUUGAACACUGAAGCAAAUCGGGAUGCCCAAACUAUGAUUGACCGUGUUCGAAAUGGCAAGGAUCUCUUUGGUCGACCUAAUGAGAUCUACGACAAGGUCGAGAACAACGAAGAUGUUCCAGAAUUCAUUCUCAGUCAGAAUAGACUCAACAUGCGGUUUAAGUACCUUCUGGACAGAGAUGGAGAGGAUGCCGGAUUCGAGGACUGGGGAGAUGUGACAAAGCAUGAUUGA